UGUACAUCCACACUCAGAUGACUUUGCAUGUAGGUUGUUCAAGCAUCUAGAUGCUACUACUGUUCUUAUGGGGAUUUUGGCCGUUUUAGGUUUUUUCUGUCUCAAUAAUUCCAGACUUGAUGAUGGUAGGAAUAACUUUUCUAAUACAUUUCUAGUGACUUGGUAUUGAAAAGACUGAAUAAUGAUCUCCAAGAUAUUUGCAAGCUGGUUCAUUCUUGCUUCAAGUGCAUUUAUACCAGUGUCCACUGAGAAAUGUACGACUCGGUGGUUUGACCGUGAUAAUCCAGGUGGAACUGGAGACUAUGAGCUUUUGUCUGACCUGCUCAUUUUAUACCCCGGGUUUAUAUGUCCUAAUCCAAUCGACAUUGAGGCUCAGACCGUUUCUGGCACUCCAGCAUCAAACGUAUUUCAAGUAUAUUCUGCCACCCAGGGGCUAGUUUGUGUAAAUGCAGCACAAGCAGGAGGUGUUUGUGCUGACUAUAAAGUGCGCUUUAUCUGCCCAGAAGAGUUUUGCUCAAGUUGUAGGACAAACUGGAUAGAUCGAGAUAACCCUGGAGGCGUUGGAGACUUCGAGACCCUCAAUCAUAUUCAGAUGGAAUACCCACUACAGGUCUGCCCUCAACCCAUUGCAAUUGAGGUCACAACCCUAAGUGGGACCCAAGUACAGCAGACUGCAAGCAUUUUUCAAGUAUUUGACCCACUAGAGGGCUUCGCCUGUGUUCAUGGGAAUCCGUCAUGUCUGGACUACAGGGUCCGUUUUACAUGUCCACAGAGUUUUUGCCUACCAAAGUGUACAACUGAGUGGUUUGACCGUGACGACCACACUGGAAAUGGAGACUACGAGUAUUUGUCUGAUCUUCUCAAUGAGUAUCCUGGGUUUGUAUGUCCUACUCCAAUCGGAAUAGAGGUUCAGACCAUCUCUGGCCAACCAGCCUUUCAAACAGGAAAUGUUUUUCAAGUGUAUAACCCUACCUCUGGGUUUGCUUGUGUAAAUGCAAAUCAAGGAGGAGGGCAGUGUGCCGAUUAUAGGGUGCGCUUUCUCUGCCCAGAUACGUUUUGCUCAAAAUGUACCACCCAGUGGUUUGAUCGUGAUGAUCCCAGUGGUGAAGGAGACUACGAGCUUUUGUCUGAUCUUCUCAAAGAGUAUCCUGGGUUAAUAUGUCCUGAUCCAAUUGCAAUUGAGGUUCAGACCGUCUCUGGCCCACCAGUUUCCCAAACAGCAAACAUCUUCCAAGUGUAUGACCCAUUAAAAGGCUUUGUAUGUGUGAAUAAGCAACAGGAAGACAGUUCCUGUCAGGACUACAUGGUCCGCUUCACAUGUCCUCCGAAAUUUUGCAAGGAAUUGGCUUCCAUCUCCUAGAUAAUAAAUCAAAAAAGUUCAGCUUUCUUUCAUUUUUUCAUUUAUUUUUCUGCAUAAUUAUUCUUUUCAUACUAUAAUCUGUUUUGUGAAAUAACAACAAAAAAGAUGAGGCAUUAGUCAGAGAUGGAAGUAUAAGGAAGUAUAUCUAGACAAUUGAUGUACAGUAGACGGACAGCAACUUGUCAUCUGUUAGUGACCCUUAUUGUUUAAAGAAACUGUUAAAUUGACAAAUCAAAUCUUGUUUUUUGCCUAUAAGAGUGGAGGUAUGAUCAUGAUAUGAUCCAAAUCAUACCGUGUUAUUUUAGCCCAUGCAUCUAUACUUUAAAAACUGUUGUGUUUUUUUGUCUGGUUGGGAAGUUUUGUCUGAGUUUCUCUGUUUUGAGACAGUUUUGAUUAAACAACCAAGUCUCACAGGAAUUUGUGAAAUUGUCAUGAACUUUAAUCUAUUCAUUUGUGUUCAUCAUCACGAAUUGUGUUGGAGUAAAGCAUUUUGAAAGACA